UACGAUUUCCUAGUCGAGAAACUUUUGACUAUGAUUAAUACUGAGCGUUAAGGCGCUAGGUAAAGAUGGCAGCUAAGUCAGUGCUGAGGUACAGGGUGUAAGAACUUCAGCACCUCAGUGGUGUGUUGGAGAGGCGAGGAUCACCAGGCCCAGCACCUCAGUGGUGUGUUGGAGAGGCGAGGAUCACCAGGCCCUGGGUGGAGUUUUUCACUACCCACGCUCUACGAAGCUCUAUCUACAACGAUUGUUGCAGCCCCAGGAUAACACAGCUUUGCUAGCCUCAACACCUAUGUUUUAAUAUGGGAACAAUCUUGUAUAACAUUGUACAAUGAGACUAAAGACUGUAGGAAUGUUGAUUCGUACCUUGGUCCUGUGUGCAGUAACCACCUGGGAAGGAUGCAGGGGGCUGGCGCAGGUGACGGUGGUGAGGCUACAGACAAUGGAAACAGCUUCCAACACCACCUACCUGGACAGUGGUGAGAAUGCACUGCCUGACCUGCCCCAGUGGACGUUGUGUGUGAGGUUGAGGUUGCUUCACCUGGCUCGCCUCAACACACUGCUCAGCUAUACAACGGGAACAUUCUACCAGGAGAUCCUGCUCGGUAUAGAGUGGCCACAGUCAUCACUACGACUGGAGUGUUGCGGGUACUCUGGCUUCAUGGAGUUGAAGGUCCCUAUCCGGCUCUUCACCUGGCACCAUCUAUGUGUGUCAGCUAACAUGACCGGUGACUCCCAGCACAUCGUCUUCGAUAACGUAAUACAUGAAGCGUUGAUACGUCGUCCAGGAAUCACACCAGCAGAGCUGAACAAAGUGAGAGGAGGUGGCCGCUUCUUGGUGGGACAGAACUACAACCCAGCAGCUUUUUAUGUGGUCAGUGAAUCUUUACAUGGAGAUCUGGCAGACUUCAGGUUGUACAAUGUUGCUCUGUCUCUUAAACACCUCCAAGAAUUUGUGGCCUGCGAAUCCUAUGUCGACUUGCCAUCGCCUCUUUACAGUUUUGAUGUGAACAUGUCUAACUUUCAUUUAAGUGGUGAUAUUUUGGUCUAUAACAUGAACUUAUUCGAUGUUUGUACACCAUCUACAGAUGUUGCCAUGAUUGUUCCCGAGAGAGUUGACUUUGACCGAGCAAAAGCCAUGUGUAGCUAUUUCACUGGAGGGAUAGUUGUGCCCACAAAUAAUGAAGAGAAUGAGGCAAUCUAUGAUAAAUUUGAAGAUUUUAACUUCCACUGUGCAGAUAGUUGGGGAACAUCAUUUUGGUUCGGCCUCACAGCGAACCUUACAAGUGGAUGGUGGACAAAGUUAUCAGACGGAAAGCCUCUAACUUGGCACAAGUUUCACUUAGCCUGGUCAAAACCUGUAAACGAGCACAGGUGUGUUGCUGCUGCUACCUUUCACUACAAGUACAUAUGGGGCGCAUCGCCUUGUGACUUACGACAGUGUCCAAUAUGUAAUGUCACGGUUAUUCCAAGACUACAUUUACGUGGUCUUUGCAAGUUAUCGAAAUUUGACCGUUUCUAUUCCCCACACAACUACUAUAACAGGAAACCAGUAUUUGAAGGCUUCUUCCUAAGUAGAAUAAUUUGGGAGAAUGAUAGUUGGGUGAUCAGGAGUCGCCUGGAGAAGGGAGUGGAAGCCAUCAUGGAAAUGAAGAAACCAGAGGAUUACCCAUUCGGCGUUAACACAUGGCAGGUGCGCAACGACACCUGCACUAAAAAACAGGUAGAGCUGUUAUUGACCUCAUGUGGUGAGAACGACUUCACGUGUAGUGACGGCUCGUGUAUCAACAAGACAAAACGCUGUGACUAUAAGGUCGACUGUCAGGACAGCACAGAUGAGCUCAACUGUCAGGCUAUCGUUUUCCCUGAAGGAUAUCCCUCAGAACUUGCUCCGCCUGCAGGAGAUUCAGAGCAGAUGGCUCUCUACAUCUCCAUUCAGAUCACAUCAAUCAGAAAAUUUGAUCUGGCAGGAUUUAACUUGGCUAUUGACGUAAUACAAAGCAUCAAAUGGAAAGAUGAGAGACUCUUACUACGGAAUCUCCGCCCUGGAGAUUUUGUAAACAAGGCGAGGGUGAUUGAAAAGCUGUGGAUGCCAGAGAUUUUAGUGAGUGAUGGUUACUACAACCCAACUGAUGUGAAGCAGCACCUUGUGAAGUUGCUGAUUCGUCGUGACUCUCAAUCACUGCCUGACGAUGAUACCUACUACACUGAAGAUGACAUGUACAGCGGGUCCGGCAGCACUCUGAAGUUGGUUCAGCAGUAUACAGUGACAGCCAUGUGUCUGUUCCUGCUGCAUGUCUAUCCCUUCGACUCUCAGAUAUGUUCUCUCACCUUCUCCCUCCCUGACCAGUCUGCUGGCAACCUUCUCCUGGUCCAGGAGGGCGUGGCCUUCACGGGAAAGAGGAUGUUGCUGGAGUAUCAACUACUGAACGAGACACUUGUCAGCUGGAACAACUUGUCCACCUCCAUGCAGCUGCGCCUUCAGUUCCGUAACCAGUACGGCUACUACAUAGGUAACUCUGUCAUCCCCAGCCUACUCAUGGUCUCCAUAUGUUACCUCACAUUCUUCUUCGCCAUGGAGGACUUCACGGACCGCAUCAUGGUGUCUCUUACAUCGCUGUUGGUUCUAGCCUCCCUCUUCACCCAAACAAGCCAGUCCAUUCCCAAGACAGCAUAUCUCAAGCUAAUAGACAUUUGGCAUGUCUCCCUCAUCAUAACAGACUUCCUCAUAGUAGUCACACUGGUAGUCAUUGAAAAUCAACGCCUCGUAGACAAACUCCAGAGCGACUUUAAUGCUCCUUCUGCCUUGAGAAAUGUAAAAGGAAUAACCCCGGUGGUGGCUUGUCGCUUACCAGCGAGAAGUCACGGCAUGAAUAAUAACCUGCUGGUUCUACACCAGAGGAGGUGCAGCGCAGCCAUGAAGUACAACAGAGCAUCGCAAGUGAUGUUCCCUGUGCUGGCCUGCGCCGGCACCUUCGGCUGGAUUCUUGUGCAUCUUUACCGCUCCCCGUCUGCCCCGGAACACUGAGCUUAGUAGCAUGUUAACAGGAUCGCUGAGCUCUGGCCCAUGUUACCAUGAUCACUGAGCUCUGGCCCAUGUUACCAUGAUCACUGAGCUCUGGCCCAUGUUACCAUGAUCACUGAGCUCUGGCCCAUGUUACCAUGAUCACUGAGCUCUGGCCCAUGUUACCAUGAUCACUGAACUCUGGCCCAUGUUACCAUGAUCACUGAGCUCUGGCCCAUGUUACCAUGAUCACUGAGCUCUGGCCCAUGUUACCAUGAUCACUGAGCUCUGGCCCAUGUUACCAUGAUCACUGAGCUCUGGCCCAUGUUACCAUGAUCACUGAGCUCUGGCCCAUGUUACCAUGAUCACUGAGCUCUGGCCCAUGUUACCAUGAUCACUGAGCUCUGGCCCAUGUUACCAUGAUCACUGAGCUCUGGCCCAUGUUACCAUGAUCACCGAGAUCUGUUCUAUGUUAAAGUUACCGUUGUCACUGAGCUCUGUCUCACGUUAUCAAGAUCAUUGAACUCUUACAGUGAUCACUGAAGGCUACAGUAUUACAAGAGUAUUAGUAUGGUUGCUGAACUUUGUAGCAGAUUAUUGCCAUUAUCACUGAUGUUUUAUAUAUAAGUACAUUUCAGUACAUUUGUAUUUUAACUGGGCUUCAAUGAUGGAUAUAAUAUCUAUAUUUUCCAUACUGUUGUAAUGUAUUUGUAUACAUAUUUGUGUUUAUAAGUAUGCAUAACAUGUAUGUGUUAGGAUGUGCUAUUAUACUAUUAUUAAGAACAAUCCCUCUGUUAGGAUGUGUUAGAUUUGUUUUAUGUGUUCGUAAAUAUCAUUCAAAACUAAAGUGAUAACAGUGGCAUUUAAUAAUAAUACAUGCGCCUUAGUAUCAGUCAGUACUGUUUCCUGAAUGUCGUAAUUAUUAUUAAUUAGUAACAAUUGUUAUGUGUAUUAUGUGUCUUGAGGUAAUAUUGGAAUGUGUACAGGUUUAUCAAAGUUACUUUAAUCAUGGUGUAACUACCGCCAGAAAGCCUCGAGCACAAUUGUCAAUGAAGUCCAUUAUUAUCCAAUUUGGGAGGAUAUCCAGUGGUCGCUCACCUUUGAGUGGAUCAGUCAGCCCUCAGGAUAUUCCUCUCUCCACGCACACUACCUGACCAAUUAAACAUAUAUUACACUAGUCCAUUUUGGGACUUUGCGAAUUUCCUGAGGAUUCUGGACACUGUCUAUUAUACUGUUUGUCUUAGUAAGCCUCUUUUAGUACGUAAAUAUUUUUUUAUUUGUGGCCAGGCCUGUGAAAAAGCUAAUUUUGAACAAUCUGCUGGGUUUUGUUUCAGUAACAUUUGCCUGUGUAGACAAUGUUUAAUUUAGAAGAAAGUUCAUACAUAGAAAAUUUUGGAAGCUUGUGUACUUAUAGACAUUUUGGUGUAACCAUAUUUAUAUGCUGGUACUUGUGGAUAAAGAACACUUGUGUACAGUUUAGGACAGUUAUUAAAGUUUGUCGGUAUCACCACAUUUACAUCCAAGAAAAACAGAAUAAACACUGAGGAAGGAACACGAAAGAUGGAGGAAACAUUAAGGUAGAAACACGGAUGAAAGAUGGAGUAAACAUUACGGAACACGGAAGAUUAACGGAGUAAACAUUACGGAACACGGAAGAUUAACGGAGUAAACAUAACGGAACACAGAAGAUGCAGUCAAGACUUAUAAACUGAACAAACUUGUAUUGUGCCAACAUUAUAUUUUCUAAGGUGCCUCAGUGCCGGUGAAAGGCUUUUGUUCCAAGGAAUUGAAGCUAUCCUCUUUUUCCUUGGAUCGAGAAUACAUGUAAUUGCCUACCAUUCUCCAGGCGAUGUAUAACCCCUUCGAGUUUAGCGCUUUCCCCUAAAUAUAAUUAGAUAACAAAAAAAGGCACAAUACCAUGACUGGAACGAUACACAAAUAACCCGCACAUAAAAGAGAGAAGCUUACGACGACGUUUCGGUCCGACUUGGACCAUUGACAAAGUCACACUAACCAGAAGUACGAACGAACGAACGAAAGUUCAGGUAAGAUCCCAAAUGGGAUAAGCGGGGAAGACGGGACAGACGAAGAAUAGUGCUGGAGAGGAGUGUUCUUAGUCGUAGAAAUAGAGCCAGAGCUUAACCCAGCAGCGACGGCGAUCGUGGGACAGAUAUUGAGAAGAGAAAUUCAGGCUCUUCUGUUGGGACUCCAAUGGGGUGAGCGGGAAGGAAGGGACAUGCGACGUUUAGCGCUAGAGAGGAGUGUAGAACUGAGCCAUGUCUUAACCCAAAAGCUAAGGCGAACGUGGGUCAGAGAAUGGUACCUGUCAUAGAAGGUACCUGUCAGCGAAUCCAAGGUUAUUUGUAAACAGGGUUUGGAACAGGAUCAUGCAAGGAGUAGAAAAGGUUGUGUUGGUUUGUGGGUCUGCGAAUGUCUUCGUCAAGGAGAGAGGUCCAGUAGUCAUGUUGUGUCUCAAGUUUGUCUAUCUGUCUGUCACUGAGCGUCUUCCAGUACAGAUUCAGCGCAGGGAUGUCUAAUUGGGCAUGGAGAGACUCGCUUGUGGCGAAAUCUUCCCACCUGACAUCAAGCACCCAGCGCAGCGCCUUGUUCUGGACACGCUGCAGUUUAAGUUUGUUUUUGCUGCAAGAGAAAGGGCUAGAGGAGAGUAAGUUAUCAGAGGACGAAUUAGGGAUUCGUAGAGGUGUAGUUUGGUGCGUUGAGAGGCAUGUUUCAGCUUGUAGAGGCCCGCAAGGGCCUUACUAGCUAUUGCAUGCCUUGAGUGAUUGUGUCCGUGUAAACGAAGAAGGUAGUCAAGAUUAACACCAAGAACAGUGACAGAUUGUGUGAUGGGGAUGCAAGUGCGGGUGUCAGCUGUUCUGAGCUCGACAGGUAAUGGAGGAUCACGUUUCCUGUAGUUAAAAUACGUAAUGCUGGAUUUAGCUGCAUUGGUUUUGAUCCUCCAUUUUUGUUCCCAGAUGGCUAUCCUGUCGACCUCAUUUUGUGUUUUGUGUGUGAGUGUAUCUAUAUUGGCAUGAGUGAUAAGUUGCGUAAUGUCGUCUGCAUAGGCUAGUGUGAUGGAGUUGUGGUAUACAGGUGUUGGAAUGUCGUUAGUAGGGGAGAGGACAGAUCCCUGGGGUACUCCGGCUUUUAGUGUGAAGUAGUCAGAGUAACAGCCUUGGAAUUUGAUUCUCAUGGUACGGCCGUCUAGGAAGUUGCAGAGGAGUUUACGAGUAGUGAGAGGCAGGUUGUAGUGCAGAGUUUGUACUUGAGCCCUUCGUGCCAGUGUCAAAGGCUUUUUCAACGUCUUUUGCAACCAGGGCUGUCCUGUUUCUUUGUUUUGUGUUUAUGUGGAUGUAGUUGAGAAUAAUGUUAAUGGCAUCCUGUGUGGAUCUGUGUGUUCUGAAGCCAAACUGGCCAUCAGAAAGUAGAGAAUUGUGUUCCAAGUAUCUGCGAAGGCGAUGAUUGAUGAGUUUUUCAAAGAGUUUUCCUAAAGUUUCGAGGAGGCUGAUAGGGCGAUAGUUUCUAGGGUCAGAGUGGUCUUUAUUGGGUUUAGGAAGGAGGAUAGCAGUAGCAGCUUUGAAGAGGGAAGGGAAGUAUCCAGAGGCAAGGGAGGCAUUGA